AGCCGCCGCUGUUACUCAAAAACCGUUGCCCCGGAUAAACGUGUCGUUCCGUGCAGUCUCUCAAGUAUCGAUGUCCGCGUAAAGGGGGGGUUCGCGAACCACAGUUAUUUUAGUUAGUCCGAGUGCUUGGCCACAGAUCUAAGACACGAUCCUACGGCAUUCAAUUCAAUUCAUCCAUCCAUCCAUUCGGGUUAGUCAGUCAGGGUUAAGUCAGGGAAGAGGUUACAAGAGGUCUGGGGAGCAGUCGAUAAUCGGUAUUUAUCGUGUUUUUUGCGCGAUUUUUCCCCCUGCAUUCCGUACCGAACCGAACCGAACCGCGUCAUUGUUGCUGUGGUGUCUUGCUGGUGUAUUUGUGGAGUGUUUUCUUGGAAUCCAACGCCUUUGGAGUGCGCAUAAAAUAUAUUUAAGAAACGUUUGCAAAUAAAAAAAAAAAAAAAAAAAUAGCCACUCGGAAGAGCGACAAAAAUACAAGUUAUAUAAGGCCGAAACCGGAUUUAUCAUUCAUACGACUACGACGACGACGACGACGACGACCGUGUGGCAUAUAUUAUAUACGGAUCGGAUCUACUGUAUCUAUAUAUAUGUGGCCAAAACAACAGAACUCUUGGAUAAACAACAAUAACCCCACACACUCUGCAAUCCGAACUGAAACCUCAACCGAUAUUUAAAUGAUCGUUCAUCAAUUUAAUUUAAUCAAUAAUCAAUAAUCGAACUAAUCAAAAAGCAUAACUCAAAUUCAAUGAACAAAUAAAUAAACUCAAACCAACGAGCCAAUACAAUAAAUAAAUCAAUAAAAAAUAAUAACAACAACAAGAACAAGAAACAAACGAAAAGUACGCUGCUGGCCAUCUGGCAACGCUUUGCUUUCCACCACUCCAAACGGAAGCUUGUAACGGUUAUUCCACAGAAUUUACUCACGCCUCGAUCCUCACGUGUGUGCCUGUGUGUGUGUGUGUGUGUGUGAGCGUGUAGGAUAUAUACGCUUAAAGGCAAGUGCGAAAGAGCCGGCAAGCAAAAGCCAUGGGAAACUCAUCGUCACACACGCACGAACCACUGGAGCGCGGCUUCACACGCGGAAAAUUUGGUGAUGUUAAAAAUGGGAAAUCCGCCUCCUUUCGGUUUAGUAAAAAAUCCCCAAAGAAAAUGGAUCGUUUGCGUCGCUCGUUUCGCGACUCGUUCCGUCGGCGCAAGGAUCGUGUGCCCGAAUCCUCGAAGCCGCAUCAGUGGCAGGCCGACGAGGAGGCCGUUCGCUCCGCCACCUGCUCCUUCUCCGUGAAGUAUCUCGGCUGUGUGGAGGUCUUCGAGUCGCGCGGCAUGCAGGUGUGCGAGGAGGCCCUUAAGGUGUUGAGGCAAUCUCGACGUCGUCCUGUGCGCGGACUCCUUCAUGUGAGCGGCGAUGGGCUGCGCGUGGUGGAUGAUGAGACGAAGGGCCUGAUUGUGGACCAGACCAUCGAGAAGGUGAGCUUCUGUGCCCCGGAUCGCAAUCACGAGCGCGGCUUCAGCUACAUUUGCCGUGAUGGUACCACACGGCGCUGGAUGUGUCACGGAUUCCUCGCGUGCAAGGACUCUGGCGAGCGGCUCUCGCAUGCGGUCGGCUGCGCCUUUGCCGUGUGUCUGGAGCGCAAGCAGCGCCGCGACAAGGAGUGCGGCGUCACGAUGACCUUCGACACGAAGAACUCGACGUUCACGCGCACGGGCUCCUUCCGGCAGCAGACGCUGACCGAGCGCCUGGCCAUGGCCACUGUGGGGACGAACGAGCGGAGCGUGGACGGGCCGAUGUCCGUGGCAGUGAUGGGGCCGCCGGCAGCCACCGUCAAGCCGUUCAAUCCGUUCGCCAUCGAGCGACCCCACGCCACGCCCAACAUGCUGGAGCGUCAGGGCUCCUUCCGCUUGAGCACCAUCGGCAGCCAGUCGCCGUUCAAGCGCCAAAUGUCGCUGCGCGUCAAUGAUCUUCCGUCCAACGCCGAUCGCCAGAAGGCCUUUCUGGCCGCCGCCGCCGGCAAUUCGUCGUUGCACACGCCCCUACGCAGCGUCUCCCCCAUUGCCGAGGUGUCGCCGGCAAAGACCGCGGGCGAUUCAGCCGCCGCCGCUGCGGCUGCCGAUUCGGUGAGUCAGCUGUGCCAGGAGCUCAGCCAGGGUCUCUCGCUGCUGACCCAAACGGACGCCCUGCUGGCCGCCGCCGCCGCCGGCGACGACCUCAACUUCAACAACAACCGCAGCAUCAACCAGAACAUCAUUGCUGCCGAAAAACAGCAGCAGGUAAUCUCAUACAGCAGCGCCCCCACGGCCCAGGUGACGCCCCGUGUGGUCAGCACCACGCCCACUUAUCAGACACUCUCCUCGCAGUCGCCGACGCGAUCGGAGCAGAGUUCGGAUGCCGCCGCUGCCGCUGCCGUUGCCGUUGCCGCGGAGCAGCUGCCCAACGCGGAGCAAUGGCUGGGACAGGUGGUGCGGAGUACAUCGCCAGCGGCGGUGGCAGCACCACCCAAGCGACCCACCUAUCUGGCCAAUGUGGGACGCGCACAGACGCUGGCUGCUGGAGGUGGCUCCGCCAGAGGAGGAGGGGGAGGAGGCGGACCCGAGGAUCCCUUCGAUGCCGAGUGGGCGGCCAAUGUGGCGGCGGCAAAGAAACUAUCGCCAGAUAUGCCGCUGGCCGGUGGCACUGCACGCUCGCCAAUGCAUGCCAGGCACAGCACCAAUCCGUUCAUCUCACCGCCCAAGGCGCCGGCGCAGACAUUCCAGGUGCAACUAUAGACAGAGACAGAGAGAGAGAUCGAUCCUAGGCGAUCACGCAGGGGGUCAAAGUGUGGUACACUUGAAAAAAACACAGGAGGGGCGGCCAAGCACACGGGAUAAAAGGAUGCAGGAUGCAGAAUGCAGGAUGGAUGGAUGAGUGGUUAACACAGAAAAGAUACACAGAUACUUAACGCAGACAUAAAUAAUGUUGAAAUAUAGAAGAAAUACGCAUAAAGGAUUCCACACCCCCCACCACCACCACCAGCCACUUAAUCUGCUUUUAAAAUAAAAGAAACGAUAGUGAGAGAGGGAGGGAGAGAUGGAGAGAGAGAGAGAGAGAGAUAUCUAUAAGCCACACUCUUAGCACUAACUUUAGGCCAGAAACAGAACAAUUGACCAAGCUACCAAGUUACCCAUAAAGAGAUCAGCGCACCCAAUCCGUUUUACACGCUCCUAUUAAAUCUGUAUUAUACUUUGGUAAUAUUCCACCCCCGCCCAACCCUUCCAAUCAAUCCCACUAUAAGUAUAAUAUAUAUAUAUACAAAUAUCUGCUAUAUAGGAAACACUCGUCUUAUCUGAUUAUUAUUAUUAUUUUAAUUAUUUGCGUCAUUUGCGUGUGUGCGGAAUUUCACAUUUUUAUAUAAUUUAGCCUAAUUUUUAAAU